UGAGCAAACGAAUUUAUCAAAUAACGAUAUGCACAUGCGCAGGCUUCCCUAGCAACAGCGUGUUCUCAGAUCAGCAAUCGUACAGGUUAUUCGAAUUUAUCAAUAAUGGAUUCAGAAAACCUAAUACUGGAUAUAAAUUUCUUUGCUAGCACUGGAAUAGUACUGAGUCCCGAACAAAAAUCUUCUCUGCAGUCUUCGUUGACUAUUUUGAAGUAUGAGAAUAAAUUUCACAAAGUCUAUUUUUGGGGUAAAAUUAAAACACUCCGAGGCAGAUCUUAUUUUAUCGCUCACGGAGUUUCUCUGGACGAAUUUGCUCCGCUCAAGAAAUAUUUUUAUUGCUCGGACUGUGUUAAUUGGGUUGUUAUGCCCUCUGUGGGACCAGAAACAAUGAAAUUGAGUCGAAAUGUCAGGGGAAGAUUUACAGGUGAUGUGAGCCAUGAAUUUAAGUUAAAGAAAGAUGGGGUUGAUGAGGAAGAGGAAGAACAUGAGGAAACGGUGAAAGAAGAAGAUCGCCUGGCAUCUGUCGUGUUGGAUAUUGACGAUGAUGUGAGAAUAGUUCCAAGAGGCAGUUUUAUGUAUACACCAACAGGGAAAGUUGUGCUAAAUCCCAGUUUUAAGGGAUUGUUUGCAAACGAUGCUUCUAAACUUUAUUCGUACAUGCACUUCCGACCAGCUGUUCUGCUGAGUAAGAAACCCAUAAUUGAAAGAUCAAAUAUGGACAGAUCCUUGGAUUUCAUGGAUAUUAUUGAAGAUGAUAUUCCAAAAGGCUGCUGGAGUUUCCAGUUCGAGCGUGGCUGUGGCAUGGUUAUAAUCCGAAGCUUACUUUGGCCUGGAUAUACAUUCUAUGCAAGACCUGGAACACCAAAAUUUGGUUCACUUUAUUUUGGCACUGGAGAAAAAAACCUUGAUCUGCCAUUCAUGUUGUAAAAAACAAAAAGUGGGCUGAAUGAAUUGUUUCAAAUAAAACACCAUGAAUACAGUUAUAACUUAACCCAUUUAUCAUCAAUUCAUCCAGCCAUUUAUUUAUUGAUUCUGUCCCAACAAGAUAUGUUUUUUUCUAUCUAUCUAUUGGCCUACCUGUUUACCAAGGAUCUGUCAACCUAUGAACUUACCUACUUAUCUACCUACAUAAUAACCUAUUUAUAAUACAUAUCUAUAUAUCUAUUUCUCUAUACAAGUUUUGUAGUUGCUUUAACUCAUUAAAGUUA